AGCGGACUUUGGAGCAUGCUCAGUGGAGUAUGGACCUGGAGUGAGAGCGGAUCCUGGGCGCUUGGCGGUGGUCCGCUGACAGCAGGCGUUUGCGGCGGGAGAUUCGGGAUGAGUGAGGCGCAGAGCGAGCGCGGUCAGAACAGCGAGGAGCCGAAUCUGUCCCCUGGCAGUGUCAGCCACCAGGAGCUGACCACAGUGGCCAUGGACGCGGCUUGUUCCGAAAGUAACCAGGAGGGAGGAGGGGAAGCGCCGGAGGCUCCUGACAGCAGAGAGAGCUCAGGGGAGGCUAACGGGGAGGGGGAGGGGGAGGGGGAGGAAGAAGAAGACAACGAGGAGGAGGAGGAGGAAGAGGAGGAGGAGGAGGAAGAUGAAGAAGAGGAAGAGAGCGGCCACAGUGAGAUGGUGACCAGGAAAUGUGUGUACGAGGGAUGCACGGAAACCACCAACCAGGUGGCUAAACCCAGGAAACCCUGGAUGUGCAAAAAACACCGCAACAAAACUUACAAGGACAAGUACAAGAAGAGGAAGAGCGUCCAGGCCAUGGUCAACAUAAACAAGAGCGAUGAUGAUGCAGAUGAAAGGCCUACAUCUGCCACUAAACAGCGUUUGAGCUGUAUGAUAGUGCAUCAAGCAAGUCGUAAAGCAAGUCUCCUUGAGCAAGUGUUAAACCAAAAGAGAUUGUCAUUAUUGAGAAGUCCAGAAGUUGUGCAGUUUCUACAACAGCAGCAACGAUUGCUGAGCAACCAGGCCCUUGCUCAAAGGCAGCAGUUUCAAGAAACACCAAUGUGAUGCUUUCUUUUCAAAGUGGGACGGUAAUAUACAGAAGCUUGAUGCUGAUUAAACUUAAGUAAGUCACACUUAUAUAGAGUUUUUACAUUUAAGCUGUAUCACCUCGUAAAAGUGAGAACAGUGUUUUCCAACACAGUUUUUUAAAAAGAUUGUGAACUAAGGGACGUAAUUGUGAUAUGCUCAGCUUCUGUUUCUGUUCUGUGAAACACUUUGGAAUGCUUUCUGUGUUAAAGGUAUCAUAUACAUUUCAGCAUUUUAGAUACUUUGAAAAUUCCUGACCUGUUUUUUCCCCUUAAUAUUGUGCUGUUGAGGGUGAGGGAUGGUGGUAUAAAAUGGAACAGUUCCCUAUUGUAGGACCCAGUGUUAACACUGAACAUUUCCAGAUUGGAUAGAGGGUGACAGUGUGCAAAGUAAAGUUUCCUUGACCUGGCAUCAACAGUGUGCUUCAGGCUAAACAAAAAUUGUCGUUUCCACAGUGCUUUACAUCUGAGGAAGCAUUGUAUUGGAGGGGAAAAAGUAGUGGAUGCUGAACAAGUGAGAACAAGAAGGGGCUGGGGGAGUGCAAAUAGAAUUUAAAAGCAUGGCAUAGUCGGUCAAAUUUUUAUAGGACUGCUGGAAAUUGGGAGGGUGAGGAAGGAUUUAGGGAAGAAAUUUCAAAACGUAUUGGCUGAAAUUGUCUGUUAGACAGAGAUUGGCCACAGGAUGCCCUAAGAGUCGGUAAGGAUAUGGUGAUUCUAGUGCUUCAGAAAACACUGACUAUUUUGUUUUUUAAAGCAUAUUCCAAAAUUUGAUCAGAUUCCUGCUGUGUUCAAGCUCACUGGGAAUUUAGGUUUUGACUGUCCAAAAUGCUACAUCCUACGGUAUAAAUCAAGAAGACUAUUGUCCAAUCAAGGUUCCUAUUUUUAUUAAAAAGGGGCAAGUUGGCUGCCGGCAACACAUGAAUAAUUGUAAUACAGAGAUGCCUAGUGGGAGCAACAAAGCUCUGCAGGAGCUAUAACUUUUCUUUAAGUUCUUUCUCUUCUGCUUUCGCAAAGCUAGCCUGCCAAUAUGUUAAAAGAAACAAGUAUAAAUGGAAACCAUAGACAAUUGUAGAGAUGCAAGUAGGAUUUUUAAUUCCCAAAUGCUUUACAGGUAUUAAACACUGCAGUAAAAUGUUACACUCAUUCAGUUUGAAGUCAGACAUGGUUAGAACAGAGGGCUUUUGAGUUUCUAGCUAUGUAUAUUUACUAGAUUUUUAAAUGUAUUAAUGUGUGAUUUCUGUUGAGUAUCUAAAAGGUGAAUCUUAUUAGCAAAUGUGUUAAGUCUUAUCUUUAACAAUAUUUUGUAACAAGUUGAUUUUCAAAUAAAUUAUGGUUGUGUGGCC